AUGGGCUUUGUGACGAAUUUCCACUUGAAGAAGCCAGGGACCAAGAAUACUGGACAUCAGGAGGCUGCAAAACCGGACCCGAGAAAUGGAGACCCUGUCACUAGGGAGGACUUCUAUUAUCCAAAAGUGUGGCGAGUGGUUAAUCAUUAUCAAUACACUGGCCUCCCACAUUCAGCUAUGUCAUGUCUUGCUCAUAUUCGUUCCGCCAAAACAAACCAUGGCCUCAUAACACAUGAGUUAAUAGCUAUCAUGAACACAAUGUUGCUUCGCGUCAAUCAUAGACCAUUUCGCAGAUGCCAUAUUCAUCCAAGUCUCUCUUUUAUGGGCGAUCAGAAAGGGAAAUUUAUUCAGGCUUCGUGGAGUGAGCCCAUUGGUGGUAUUCCCACCUUGUCUAUCAGAUAG